AUGAGUUAGCAGAGGUUAAGUGAUAGCUAGAAGUAUAAAAGCUCUGGUGAUAUGAAUAGAGAUUUUAAAAAGGAGAGUUUAAUCCCCUCUAGGGGAUAUAGAGCUUAAUCAGUUGAUAAUGAGAAUAUUAUUCGGCAACUUAAUAAAGCGCCAGUCUAAAAACUAUAAGGAAUUAUGAAAAAAACUUUAAUAUCUAAAUACGAUCAAACAGAAGAAAAUAAGAACGUUGAUGAAAAGCAAACAGUUUUAUAUGACUAUUCUCAAGUAAAAUAGGAGUCUCUUGAAAUGAUGAAAGCCAAAAUGGAUUACAGUGAUUUUGACAGUGAUUACGAUAAAAGCAUGGAUUCAGAUUAACUAGAUCUUUAGCUUGAUCCUAAGAUAGAAGAAAAAGUUAAUAAACUCAGAACAUAGUUUCAUACUGAAGAUGAAGUUCUAGCAAUGAUUAAAAAUAGCCAGGUGAGAAAGGCUCUAAAGAAGGUUCUUGAAAAAGAGUUUAUAUCAGAUUUUGCAGGCGAAAGGGUUCUGAAAAAUGGACGAAUCCUUGAUGCAUUUAUCAAGAGACAUUUUAUCAACUCAUAAACAGAACUAGAUAAGAUAAGCUAUAAACCCAAUUAUCAAUAAUCAUUAGGGGGUCCAGUUAGUGUCAACAAUAGUACUCUUUAGCCUGGUAACAGUGGCAAACCAAAUAAAUCUACUUUUGGAAAGUCAACUCAAUCUUAAGCUUCAUUAUAAAUACCUUCUUAUAGCAUUGCAAAUAUAAAUAAGAGUACAGCUUUCAAGAGUGCUACAGAUAGUAUUUGGAAGGAGGAGGAAAAAUCAGUAGUAAAAGAAGAAUAAGAUGAUGUACAAUAAGCAUCUGAUAAUGAUUAAACUUCAUAGCUGUCUACAACCAGCAACAAAUUUAAUAUGGAUAAAAUCAAAAAACUAAUGAUCCUAAAAAGGGGUUCAGCAUAUUAACAGAAAUUUUAAUUUAAGCGAAAUCAUCUCAUCAAGCUAAUCUUUGAUCUGAUGUAUGUGGAGGAUUAAAAAUUCAGUAAACUCAAUAAAGACUUAAUUGGAGUCUAUAUAAAUGAACAUUUUUAUGAUGUAAAUGACGUUGAAUUUAUUUUUUGGAUGCUUCUAAAAUUUGAUAUGACUUAAUAGGCUAUCCAUUUGUAUGAAAACAACAGGCAAAGACUCCAUCAAUUCAUUGAGUAUUGGUAAACUGAAAUAACUAGUAUUUACUAAUCUAAGUAUGAUAAAAUAGGCUAUUUCACUUACUAACUUAUUUAGCCUUAAAUUGAAAAGAUUCAAGAGGAAAUGAAACAAGGUAAUAAGAAGUUAGAAAUAAAAAUAAAGGUUGAUAUGGAAGAUUUCUAUUUGCAAUUGAUCCCAAAAAUUAAGCAAGGCUUAUUAUGGGCAUUUAAGAAGGCUAUUGAAUAUAACGUUAGUAGUCUAAUAAAAUACUUAUUUGAUGAAGAGUUUAUCAAAAUUAAAGCAGAAAUAAGUGAUCAAUAUUAUGAGGAGUGUAGAAUAAUAGCUAAGAAAGCUUGUUGCGUUAAGUUCUACUAGAUAUAUUUUAAAAAGAUUAAGAAAAACUUAGAAGAUUUAGAUGAAGAAAUGGAAUAGUUCUUAUCAAAUCCAAUUAAUGAUGAGAUUGAAUUCAUUUCUGUAUAUUUCAAAAAAAUAAAAAAGGUUUAAACUAAAUCGAAAUACGAGCAAGAUCUAAAGAUAUUUGCAUCAUUUUAAUAGAAAAUGGCUUCAUUUUCAGAAAAAAAGAAAUCUGACCUAAAAUUAAGUAAGGGAGUAGAAGAAAUUAAAGAAGAAGAUGAGGAUGAUGAAGAUGAUGAUUAGUAUACAAGGAGAUAGAAAGAAUUUUCAAAGAAUAAAAAAUAAUCUUUGAUAGUCUAGUAAUAGACUAUGAAAGAAUAAAAAAUCAAAACAAAGUCAGACUAGUUGUCUAAGAAAAUUCAAAAUUAGCUAACUAAUAUACUAAUGCAUCCAUAAUUCCUUUUUAACCCUCAGCUUUCAGAAAAACUUACAAAACUAGGUGCUUUUGAUAUGUUUAUUCAAAUAGUAAAAGAGAGAAUUAGCAGAAUGAAGGAAAUUAAAAAGCUAAUGAUUCAGGAGCUUUUGGUCAAUGAUUUAAGAAUUCUUUUGAGAGUUUGGGAUAGAAUAAAUCAUGUAAUCAUGCAUGAAUUCACUAAGUAGAUACUCAAAUAAAGAUAUUAUGCCUCAGCAUUAACUGAUGAAAAAUCCUAGAGAAAUAUCAUUAAAAUUAUGCUAACUAAUGUCUAUAAUGGAAUUGAACUUCUAGCAAGAGUGCCUAUUUCCUCUUGGAGCAGUAAAUUGGAUAAAGAACUUCUCAAUGCUUUUGAUAGUCAUCUAAAAGAGCCAAAUUAGAUUAUAUACAGCUUGAAACCAUUGAUAGUGAUUGUUUUGAUGAAGGAAUUUCUAGAUAAAUUAAAGCAAAAGACAUAUAAGUAUCAGAAUAAAUGUGAUAUCCUUGGAAAUAAAUUACUUUAACUUGGAAGAAGCUUUGUUUAUGAGAAUAAAUCAGAAGAUUUACUUAAGUUCUUUGUUGACUAGAAGGAUACUUUGGACAGAUCAGCUCUUGAAAUCAUGUCGAAGUAUCGAUACUAUCAAAUGCUUGAAUCAAAUUAAAUGGGAUUGAUAAUAUAGGAAAAAUGGUAAGGACUGAAUUCUUAAAACUUUGGCUUGCUCUAAGCAUCCUAAUUUUUCAAGAUAUUAAGUACAGAUUACGAUGAUUAUGAAGAGAUAAAAAGGUUAAGUAUUUUUAGAAACCCAAAAAAUAAUGAACUGCUUCAUUUUCAUGACUACAAAAAAAAGACUGAUAACAGAAUUUACUUAUUUCAAUAUUAUCUAUGGCCUCAUUCCUGCUUUGUUCGCUAUACCUUUCUGAGUUUUACAUAUUUGAUUCUUGCUGCACUUGAACUAGGUAUAUUGGUAUUAUCUGUUCAAAAAAACGGAUUAGAGGAUACUCACUAAGAUUAAACUAUUAAAUGGUUAUAUAUCGCAUCAUUUAUUUGGAUUUCCAGUUUUAAUUUGUUCAAUGUUCAAGUGAUUAUUUACAGCAAACUUUUAGGGAAAAAAUUUAGAUUAACUUAUGGGACUAUAAUUGAUCUUUUGAUCCUAAUUUUAGAGUUUUUAAAUUCCAUCGAUGUUGCAGAACUUGCAAAGAAAUAUGAAUAUCUGCAUAAAUACAAAUUUAGUUCUGAAGUUGAUGUCUUAAGAAAAAAUUUCAACUUAUUUACUAAUUGCCUUAUAAUGCUUUUUGUCUGGAUUAGGAUUAGUAAUUUUGCUAUUGCAACUUAGCAUUUUGGAGUUUAUAUAAGAAUGAUUUCCAAUAUGUUUAAAACGCUUUUGGUUUUUAUAAUAAUUUGGGGUGGAUGGAUUUUUCUAUGCAGCUAAGUCUUCACUCUAUUAUUCUAUAAUGAUAAUGAAGAUUUUACUGAUUAGUACAAGACUGUAAUUACUUUGAUAAACUCCAGUUUCAAUAACUUUGAUGCUACCAAAUUUGAAAGAAGUUAGCUUUUUGGAAGAUAUCUGUUCUUAUCAAGUGUUGCAGUCAGUAGUCUGUUCUUAAUGAAUAUGAUAGUUGCUAUGUUGAACGGAAUUUAUUAAGUGAUAGUAUAGAAAACAGAAGCUGAUUACCAUGCUUGCUUAAUUACUGAAGAAAGCUACUUGAGAUUCAAUAGAAAGUAUGGCUUGUUUGUUUUCUCAUAGCCACCUUUAAAUCUAAUAGGAGUAUUAUUAAUGCCAAUACUCUUGUUAAUAGACAGGUAUAACGGUGAUUUAAGCAUUAGAAAAACCUAAAAAAUAAACAACUUGUUUUAAAAAAUAAUCUACUUUCCUAUUGCGAUAAUACUAUUCGUUAUAAUCUUCAUCUCAAACAUUAUUUUUGCUCCAUUUGUUUAUGUGAAAAUCUUUAUCAUGAGAAUAAAAAGUGAGCGCAGAUUUUUGUUUGCGAUUAUUAAGGCUUUUAUUUGGCUAUUAUAAGGCAUCAUAGUAAUAUUAAUACUUAUGAUGAAAGACUGUAUUAAGUUUUGGAAGCUAUUGUAUCUAAAAACAGAUACAUUUAAGAAAAAAGAGUUAUAACUUAACCCAUAGAUCAAAACAGUAGACCAGCAAAAAAAGUAUUUCGAAGUUAGAUAAGAUGUAACAAAAAAGAGCUAUGAUAAGUUUGUCUAAGAAUACUUUAAUGAUGAAUAAGUAUAAAAAUUCGGGAAAUUCAUAAGUAAAAAGGAAAUAUUCUCCCUCUCUUAUAUUAUAAGAGAAAAAAGGGAUGAAUUAGAAAAAGAACUUGAUGCGAUAAAACAAAAAAAGAAUGGAAAGAAAAACGUUAUUCCAAUAAAGAUUUUGAGGAAAAAAUGGAAGUAAAUUAAUCUAAAAUAUGAAAUGGAGAAAGCAACUGAACAUAAAGUCCAUAAGUAUAAAUCAUAGAAGACUAAAAUCGGAAAUUAUAUACAAGUUGAAGUAGCUAAAUUAGUGUAGAAAAGCCAGGAAUAGAGAAAUUAAGCUAAACACAAAUAAAUAAGAUAAUAAAUACAGGAACAAAAGGAAGAAUAAAAGGAGGAAGAGAAAAUAUUAGAAACUAAUGGAACCCAUGCUGAAACUUAAUAAGAUAAAGUAGAUGUUAAUCAGCAAGAGAUUUAUCAAGAGUUUUAAGAGGAGUAAAAAGAAUUUGCAGAUAUGACAGAAGAAUUUUUAAAGAAAAAUGCUCUCUAAGAAAAAUUCAACAAAAUAAAGAAGUCGUUAACACAAGCAGUAUUUGAGGAAUUUCUAGCUCAUAUAUCGGAUUAAGAAAAUAGUAUAGACUUGGAUAAACUAAAAAGAGUUCUUUAUGAUGAAGAUACAAUGUAUAAGAUGAGUGACUAGGAUUUUGAAGAAUAUAGACUAAGAUUAUUCAAUACGAACCUUAGUUUACUUGAGAAAGCAAUAGGCAGAGCCAAGUAAGAUUAAAAAGCUAAUAAGCUUGAGAAUAAGUAUAUGAGUGGAAUAAAUAUGAGCUCCUAUGAAAUAUCUAAAUUUAUUGAUGAUUAUCAAGACAGACUUCAUGAGAUAAGUGUACUUUUCUCAGUUGUUGAUUUUAAGAAAAUGGAAGCAAUGAAACCAGAAGAAAUCUUUAAUAUAGAAAUGAUGAAAUAGGCGAUAACUUAGGAUGCAAUCAAUAACGAAUAUUUCAUUAGUUAAAAAGAUUAGAUAAUUUAAGGAAAUCUCGGUGAGAUUGAACUUAGUAGUGAUAAUGAAGAUUUAUAAACAAUAGACAAACUUUAAAUCUCUUAAAGAUUAAGAAAGUAGAGAACAUCAAUUACAAGAUACUUGCCAAUAAAGUCUGCUAGGUCUUUUGAAGCAUCGAGGACUUAGAUAUUGGACAUGCUUAAUGACGAUUUGGAAUAAAUAGAUGACUGA